AUGAAAGGUGUACAGUUAGUAUUAGUUCUUGGAGGAGCUACUUUUGUUGGGGGAUUUCUAUAUUUUUUCCACAAACGUCGUUCCCGUCGUCGUAGUCUUCGUGAGUUAAGCAAACCUCCAAAAGACAAUUGGCAAUAUGUUGGAACUUUAGAAGAAAUCAUAAUGUAUCCAAUUAAAUCAUGUGGUGGAAUUGAACUUCAAGAGGUUUUGUGUGAAAAAAGUGGAAUAAAAUUUGGACAUUUAAAAGAUAGACAAUUCAUUUUAGUCAAUGAAGAUGAUAAACCUAUGUUUGCUGGAGCUCAGCCAGAAAUGUUAAAAAUAAAGCCAAAAUUAAUCAAUGAUGAUGAAAUAGAAGUCACUGCACCUGGAAUGGAUCCUUUGAUCUUAAAUGUUCAUCAGCUCUCCGAAGGACGCAAGGAAGUUAUCAAAGCUUUUGGGAAGUCUUCUACACGAUUGGUUGAAUGUGAUUCGUAUUUUGGAAAUUGGUUUUCGAAGUUUCUGUUCAAAAAAGAAACUGCCGUAAAAUUGUUCAUGAUGUCCAAUAACUUGAAAAAUAUUCUAUUUCGAAAGAAUUGGAAACCAAAUCCAUACAUGGUCUUAGUCAAUGAAUCAAUCAUGGACUUAAAAGACCGUUUACCAAACACAAUCCAUCACUGGCAAUUUCGUGGUAACUUUGUGAUAAACAAUUCUCAACUUCCCGCAUUUUCCGAAGACAGCUGGAAAUGGAUGCGAAUUGGAAAUGAAGCUAUUUUUCAAUAUAAAGCCCCAUGUUACCGCUGUAUUCUUGUCAAUGUUGAUCCCUUCACAGCCGAACGUAGUCCAGAUUUUGAACCUCUGCGAACUCUUAAAAAAUAUCGAAUGAAACCAGGACAGAUUGAGCCAGAGAUGGGAAUCUAUUUUAAUCUUUAUAAAGAAGGUUCUGUGAAGUUGGGUGAUGAAGUAUUCGUUGUCAUUUGAAUACAAAGUAAAAUAAAUUAUACUUUUUAUCGAAUAAAUUUUGUUUAUUA